AACGUAAUGCGUUUAAACUUAUUUUAUGGGUGCGUUCGUUGUAAUUCAAGCAAUUUGUUUUCAAAGGCUCAUUGAGAAAGAGGGACAUUUUUCAGUCUGAAUAAUGGAAGAUAGCAAAUUACGUGAGAUUAACGAAAUUGUAUCAUCUCCCGAAAACAUCGCGAAAAACUCUGUAAGCCUUUUAUUGGAAGCUGCUUCUCAAGUUGGAGAGACGGUAACCUUUAAUUUUGUCGAUGAAUUGGGGCUUUCAAGUACGAAACUCUUCAUAUGUGAGGUCAAAGUUGGACGUCUGACGAAAUGCAGAGGAUCAGGACACAAUAAAAAAAUGGCCAAAGUAAAGGCUGCUGACCAAGCUUUAGAACUUAUCAGAGGCAGAACUGUUGGCAGUACAAAUUUACCCGUAAAAUCCAAGAUGUCACCAAGCCAUACAUCAUCACAAGCUGCAAGACUUAGUCCAACAAGAGUUCCUUUAAGUCCAGCUGGUAGGGAUAUACAAGAUUCUGCAAACAUAGCAGACAGUAACCCUAUUGGUGCACUACAAGAAAUGUGUAUGAAACACAGCUGGACUCCACCAAGUUAUGACUUAGCUCGUGAAACUGGAGAAUCACAUAUGAAGACCUUCAUUUAUGAAUGCAAGGUUGAAUCUUGGAUUGCUCAGGGACAAGGAAAGAGCAAAAAAUCAGCCAAGAAACUUGCUGCAGAGAAUCUUUUAAACAUGAUCAGUGAGGCUGUUAAAAGUUCUCCUCCGCAUGAACCUUAUACAAGCCCAGUGUCUGGAAGCCCAUUGAAGAACUUUUCCAAUAAGUGGCCUAAAGUAAGUCCUCCAUCAGGACCUAGUGCCUCUACCAGCCGUCAAACCCAGUCACCAGUUCCCUUUUUGUCAAGUCCAUUGUAUGAUGAAAUGGAACGUGAAGAUGAGCAGACUUCUGAGGAAACAUCCCAUGGGAUUCCACCACCUGUUUUUGAAGAGGUCAUCAGCAAGGAGUUUCGCUUGUCACUUGAAGACAGAGGCAAAACCUCCAGCUUUACUGUAAAAUAUCACGAUUUGCCUGAAAAAGGUUACAGCGGCAACUACAUGUGUUUCGUGAGGCUUGAUACCAGGCCACCGACAGUGUGCAGUGGAAUGGGACCCACAAAGGCAUACGCGCACGAGAAAGCGGCACAGAAUGCCUUGUAUCAUUUGAACACAGUCUGCAGUUAACUGGGUUAAGAGACAUCAUUCUACAACUUUUACUUACAACUGUACUGUGGUAGACGACCUCAUCUCACACCUAGAAGAUUCAAAACUCAAGUCAUCCAUCCAGAAUUUUGUUUACACAAAAUAGUAUGGGAACCGAGCAAAAACACCCCUAGACGAAACACCCCAGACUUCGCGUAUGAAAACAAUUCCUGCAAGGAAAAAUCAUGAAAAAAAACAACAACAACAACUGGCUGUAUAUUCCUCGUUCUUAUGUAACGUAUCCAAGUAAGCUCAUUCUAAGUAAAAAUCCCAGGGGCAUUGUGUCUGGGGUGAUUUGUCUUGGAGGCAUUUUGACCUGUCACCAAUACUGCGGGAAAAAAGUAGCGAACGAUCACAUUGCAUUUUCUCAGAUUUUCUACAGAUUGUUUUACUUGAAGUUAAUUAGUAUGAAAGUAGAAAGGAAUUAAUUCUGAAGCAGAGAUGCGCUGAAGCUUUUCGUGGAACAAAGCCUUCAAAGCACAUAACCAGCACUGAGCAGACAACUUCUAUGGCAAAAUGUGGACUUAUCGAGACUUAGAUACUGUAAACAGUGGAAAAGAUAGAUGUAAAUAAGUAAAUCUUCAGACAUUUUUAAUGAGUUUUAUUUCAAGGUGAUAUCUCUGUCAAUUUGUAGUUUUAGAUUUGAAGAGUUUGUAUAUGAUUGAUUUUAGAUUUUUAAAUUUUUAUUGUACAUAGUCUUUCUAGUUAUAGUUUAUAGAUGAUUGGUUUUUAGUCCAAACACCCUUACAAGCAUCUUAGCUUUAAUGCUCAUCGUUUUAAAAUAAAGGCUAUUCAUCUAUC